GCUUGCAAACUUCGUUUCGGCUCUCCCAUUUCUUCUUUUUCUGUUUCCUUUUACCAAAGAAAAAAAUCAACUUUUUCUUCUUUUUCUCUCUGUUUACUUUUUUUUUCGGACCGACCACGGGUUGUCUUUUGAUUAAACAAGGAAAUAAAUUUAUUAACAAGGAACCUUCUCAUAACCUCAUAUAUAUAAUGACUUUACACGAUACACGCACAGCGAACACAUCAAGGACUUCUAAAGGUUCCUCUAUAACAUCCUCUUCAGAACAGAAUGACAUUAAGAAACUUAAGUCGAAAUAUUCCGCAAAACUACCUACACUUAAAGUUUUAUUUGCUGACUGGUCGGACGAAGACCUUUUAUUUGUUCUGGAAGAAGCUAAUGGUGAUUUGGAUCUGACCAUCGACAGAAUUAGUGAAGGACACGCUAGUCAAUGGGGUGAAGUAAAAACCAAAAAGUCAAAGAAAGAAGCACAAAAAGCAAAGGCUGCCACUACAGGUGUACCCUCACAUAAUCAACUAAGCACCAUCACUCCUCCACCUGCCACCUCAUAUCGUGAUACUAAACCUUCACAAUCAAGAUCAUAUAAUGAUCGACCUUCUCGACCCGGAAAAGCGACAUCAAACACCUCACGUACACGCUCAACAAAACCAUCUACCGGUCAAUCUGCAUCUUGGGAUUCUCAGCCUAAACAAACACAAUUUAACAACGAUGUUUCUGGUGGUUCCUGGGCAUCUAUCGCCUCCUUAAAACAAGCAAAUGAUAAUAACGCAAAUGACGGUUGGAAUCCAACUGCAACUAAUAAUGACAGUUCUGUGACCGAUGAUUGGGGAACUUCCUUGUCCACAAACACUACUUCUAACACGAAUGCUAUGAACGCGAAUCCAGACGAAUCCAGCGAAGAACAACCAAAGACUUGGGCAAGUCUUCUCAAGUCAAAGCCUAAACCCGAACCCGAACCAAGCAACAGCACCACCGCCACCACCACUGAAAAUGCCUUUUUCGAAAACACCACUACUAAUAACAACACUUCAAGUGAAUGGGAUGCACCCAAUACCUCCGGCAUUAAUGAUAACUGGAAUGCAAACAAUUCUGAGACAACAAAGGAUGUUGAUGAAUGGUCUACUCCUGUACACGAAUCCGCUCCUGUCGAACCUUCAACAACCACCACUACCUCCGCACCUGCACAAGACGAAUCAUCAUGGGAUAAAGAAGAACAAAAGCAAUCCGAAACUGACGGUUGGGGUGAUUCUGCUCCCACUUCAGAGGAGAAGCCUGUCUUGUCUGCUACAGCUGCAUCAGAAACCGUCUCCACUACUACACCUGGAUCUCGCCUUCUUAAUCAAGAAGAACCUGUUAAAUUGCCCGAAAACGCCUCAUCUGCUAUCUCUUCUUUAGAUGUCAAGUUUGGGUCAUUAAACGUUGACGAAGAACCAAAGAAGACUGAAGAGACCCACAAGGACACCACUACUGCUCCCGCUGCUUCCAAUGUAACAACCGCUCAUGAUGAAAGCGCUGCUGCCGAUACUUCUGCUACAGCAGCUAGUACCUCUGCACCUUCCGCUUCCAUUCCUGCUGGUACAGAAACCAAGAAUGAAGCGACUGCAUCUGCUCCUAUUGCCGCUGGUACGAAUGAUACGUUUGGACAAACUUCUUCUGCUUAUCUCAAGCAACAAGAACCUACUGCCACCAGUUCUGCUUAUAGCCAGCAACAACAGCAGCCUGCUGCUCCCGUCAAUACUGCUCCUCUUCAACAGCCUCAACAACAACAGCAACAAUCAGUUCAUCAACUCAAUCAACAACCCCAGCAACAGCAACAGAUUCCUCAACAAUUUGGCAUGGAUCAUCUCACGUCUGCUUAUAGCUCCUACUUGCCAAAUCAACCCCCCACGGGUCUUUCUGGAUUUGGUAUGAAUCCUAUGAGCAGUUUGCCUGAUUAUGGCCUUUAUAAUACCGAAGCUCAAAGAGCUGCUGCCAUGGGCUACUACGAUCCUACAGCAUUCAGUCACUCACCUUCCGUAACAUCCGCAAGUGCUUACGGUACCCGUGAUAAGUAUAGCCAAGACGGUCUUCACAGCCAAACAGCGCAAACACAAAACAUGCCUCAGCAGCAAAUGUAUCCUACUAAUCUUCCUUACUACCAGUAUUAUUACAUGCCUAACCAAUUUAAUGCCUACCAAUCCGCUUAUGGUCAACCUUUCGUCAACAAGAGCAUGUACCCUACGAAUAUGUACCAACAACAACAGCAACAGCCCGGUAAGCCCUCCACCACGGCCGCUUCGGCUACUGCCGCUUCUCCUUAUGCUGGCGCUGUCGCAGGCACAGGCUCUGUCGCUUCUCCCUAUGGUCAACAACCAUCCCAACUUUAUAAUCAUCAAUAUGAUGACCUUCAACAAAUGGGAUUGAAGGAUUAUCAAUUGUCCAGCAUGUAUGGCAAUGCCACGGCUACUUCGCAACCCCAUCAACCAUUGCAAGGCUUCCUUGGUAAUUUGAACACGAAUGCUGCUGCUGCUGGUAUGGGAGCGAGUGCUGCUAAUACAGGUGUCGCGGGUGCUGGUCAAACAGGACAAGCUCAAGGCGCUCAACCCACAACUUCGCAAACAGCCGUCACUGGUGCCGCUGGUCAAGCAGGUCAAAAGACAGGCACUGCUGGUAAUGCCUCUGCAUCGACACCUCACCAACAACAUCAAUCAAACCCUCAACAACAUCAUCACCAACAACAUCAACAACCUACUCACCAACAACAGCCUUACGGUAGCAACUAUUUCGGACAACCUAUGUUCUCCUACGGUCAAUAUCCCCAUCAAUUUCAACAACAAAUGCCUCCUCAGCAACAACAACAACAACAGCAAUCUCAACAACCUUCCCGUCAACAACAAUACUGGGCUCAAUAG